AUGUCCAGCACGUCUUUCUUCGCAUACUUCUCUCAGGCCAUUCCCAGACCGACAGAAGACACCUGGAUGCCCGACAUGGACUUUCGCCAAGACACCACCACAAACACUGUCACCGCCACAUUCGACCUCCCCGGCCUCAAAAAGACCGACAUCGGCAUCUUCUUGUGCAACGACGUGCUGAAGAUCGACGGGGAGGUUCCUGUGCGGAAGGAGAGAGGGCAUAUAGUGCGUGGGCAAAAGGAGGGGAGGUUCUCGGCGUCGAUGUGUGUUCCUUGGGGACUUCAGGAAGGACACGUCAAGGCUUCGCUUGAAGAUGGGGUGCUGACGGUUACGUUUCCUAUGUGGGUGGUACCAGAACCGGUGAUGAAGCAGAUUAUGAUUUCAUGA